AUGGAGGUUGAUAGAGCUAAGGUAGAGACCAUAUCUAAGCUGCAACCCCCUAGUUCUGUUAGGGCUGUUAGGAGUUUCUUAGGCCAUGGGCUGCCCUUUGAGCUUAUGUGCGAUGCUAGUGAUUAUGCAGUUGGAGCUGUACUUGGACAGAGGUUCGAUAGGAAGUUCCAACCCAUUUAUUAUGCUAGCAAGACUUUGACAGGAGCCCAGGAGCAUUACACUACUAUAGAGAAGGAGUUGUUGGCUAUUGUUUAUGCCUUCGAAAAAUUUAGAUCAUACCUCGUCUUAUCAAAGACCAUCGUCUUCACUGACCAUUCAGCUUUGAGCUACCUUGUGGCUAGGGUCUUACCAAAGGACCCGGUCAUUCGCCGAUGUGUUUAUGGCGAAGAAAGUCUUCAGAUUUUGAGGCACUGUCAUGAGGGACCCGUAGGAGGCCAUCAGGCGGCAAACCAUACUGCUAGGAAGGCGUUGGAUGCAGGUGUUUAUUGGCCAACUAUCUUCCAGUAUGCUAGGACAUUUGUUCAGGGUAUUGACUUCAUGGGACCCUUCCCUUCUUCCUAUGGCAAUAAGUAUAUUCUUGUGGCUGUUGAGCAUUUCUCUAAGUGGCCUGAGGGACAGGCUUUAUGUACUGAUGAUGUCAGAGUUGUUUGCAGGUUCCUUAAGAAGUUAUUUGCUAGGUUUGGCACAUCUAGAGCGUUAAUUAGUGACAGGGGAACACAUUUCUACAAUGCUCAAUUAGAGAAGGUACUUAGACGCUAUGGUGUGACACAUCAAUUCUCCACUCCCUAUCACCCACAGACCAAUAGGCAAGUUGAGGUUACUAAUAGGGAUUUAAAAUACAUUUUAGAGAGAACUGUAGGUGUGACUAUGAAUGAUUGGGCUUUAAAACUGGAUGAUGCAUUAUGGGCAUUUAGGACUGCAUAUAGGAUUUCUAUAGGUUUUACGCCCUAUAGGCUUGUGCAAGGAGAGACAGUGACAGCUGAGUGA